AUGCAAGAGGAAAAUGAAACUACAAUGACUGAGUUCAUCCUCAUUGGUUAUUCUGGUCAACCAAAGACAAGGAUGGGGCUGAUUAUCUUUUUGACUGUUGUGUAUACUAUAACAGUUGCGGGGAAUGGUCUUAUUAUCUUGGUGAUCACUGCUGAUCCUCGGCUACACAACCCCAUGUACUUUUUUCUCAGUAAUCUGUCUUUUCUUGACAUUGGGUAUUCAACAUCUUCAAUACCACAGUCUAUUAUAAACCUUUUAGUGGACAAGCCUACCAUGUCUUUUGCAUUGUGCUACUUCAAUAUGAGCAGUUCCGUCUACUUAGGAGUGACUGAAUGUAUCCUGCUGGCCAUCAUGGCCUAUGACAGGUUUAUUGCAAUCUCCAGUCCACUACAUUACAUGAUAAUAAUGAGCAAAAGGUUUUGUAUCCAGUUAGCAAUGGGGACAUGGACAAGUGGUUUCUUCUUAGUAGUGAUCCCCAUUUAUGCCACGCCAACUCACUUUUGUGGCGGAAAUGUAAUAGACCAUCUGACAUGCGAACUCAAAGCGGUUAUGAAGCUUCUUUGCACGCAAUCCACCUUGAAUCAGCUUGUGAAUUUCUUUACUGGGGUUCUCACACUACUUUGCCCCUUUGCUUUCAUCCUUUUCUCAUAUGUGCGCAUUAUUGUGGCAAUUCUGAAAAUCCAUUCAGCGGGAGGCAGGCUUAAGGCCUUCUCCACGUGUGGUUCUCACUUGGCUGUGGUAAUAAUUUUCUAUGGCACCGCUAUAUUUUCUUACCUACAGCCUCAAAGUAAAAUCACUCACAAGGUAGAUAAGAUCAUUUCUGCUUUCUAUGGAAUAGUGACCCCCAUGUUAAACCCACUGAUUUAUACACUCAGAAAUAAAGAGGUAAACGAUUCACUGGGAAGACUUAUAGGAAAGAAAGGGAAAGUGUAA